UAACGCAAAUACUCCGGCAAUUUCCCAUCUGAGUGCAUCCGCCUGAGCCGGCUCAUUACUAUUACUGUUCCCGUAUCCACUCGACUACUGCCUGAACUCUCCAUCGUCUACUUCAGCCGCCGAAACCCUGCUAGUCUCACCGGCGCAAUGAGCCGCCGACAGCGAUCCCUCCUCAUACGAACCGUCCUCUUUCUCUUCGCUCUCAACUCUCUAUCCCUUGCAAUUUACUUCUUCCUCCAUCCCCGUCCCGCCCCCUCUAGCGAAACCCUAACCCAAACACCACCUCCUUCUAUUCUCAAACCCUGGCCCUCUCUCCCCUCCUUUCUCCCCUGGAACCCUAACCCAAAUCCUCCCCAUAGAUCAUGCGAGGCCUACUUCGGCAACGGCUUCUCACACCAAGUUAAUGUCCUCGGCGAAGGCGGAAACGGCGGGUGGUUCCGUUGCUUCUACAGUGCGACGCUCAGGAGCUCCGUAUGCGAGGGCGGUCGGGUGCGAAUGGAUCCAAGGAAUAUUCGGAUGUCGAAGGGAGGUGAGAGACUUGAGUUAGUUAUGGGGAGGAAGGAGGAGGAGGAGCUGCCGAGGUUUGAGGAUGGGGCGUUCGAGAUCGAGGGAGAUGGGGGCAAGAGAAGUGGCGAUGGGAGGAUGGUGUAUGAUGAGUUUCUCGACCGCUAUGUACCGCGGAAUGCUGUCGAAUUUCAUGCAAUGAGGGGAUUGAUGAAAUCGAUGAGGAUUGUCGGCUCUGGUGAACUCCACUGCUCACAGUGGAUUGAAGAACCAACAAUUCUGGUUACGCGUUUUGAAUAUGCAAACCUUUUCCACACAAUUACAGAUUGGUACAAUGCUUAUAUCUCUUCCAGAGUUACGAGUUUGCCUGGCAGGCCGCAUUUGAUAUAUGUUGAUGGCCACUGCAAGGCUCCGUUGGAGGAAACUUGGGAGGCAAUAUUUACCAGUGCAAGAUAUGCUAAAAAUUUCUCAGCUAGCGUGUGUUUCCGCCAUGUCAUUCUUUCACCUCUGGGGUACGAGUCUGCCAUGUUCAAAGGGCUUUCUGAAUCAUUUAGCUGUCAAGGAACGCCUGUACACAAUCUUAAAGAAAACCCCGGUAGCCAAAAAACCGCCCGAUUGUCGGAAUUCGGAGAAAUGCUGAGAGCAGUUUUUGAUCUUCCAACUGAUGAAAACUCAAUUACAAAGGCAUCCACAGCUCAUAAUAUUCUUUUUGUCCGUCGUGAAGAUUACUUAGCUCACCCUCGUCAUAACGGAAAAGUGGAAUCUCGGUUGAGCAAUGAGCCAGAGGUUUUUGAUUCAAUACAAAAUUGGGCAGCCAACCAAACAAAAUGCAGAUUAAACGUCAUCAAUGGCCUCUUUGCUCAUAUGACAAUGAAGGAGCAACUCCGAGCCGUUUAUGAAGCUUCUGUUGUUAUAGGAGCUCAUGGAGCUGGUCUCACACACUUGGUUUCUGCGAGGUCAAAAGCAAUUGUUCUUGAAAUCAUCAGUAGUCGAUAUAGACGCCCACAUUUUUCAUUGAUCUCACAAUGGAAAGGGCUGGAAUAUCAUGCCAUUAAUCUUGAUGGAUCUUAUGCCAGGCCAAAAGUGGUCAUUGAUGAGCUCAGCAACAUUGUGAGAAGCCUUGGAUGUUAAGAACUACUUAUCAUUGGGAAUGUUAAUGACGUUGACUGAAUAGCUUGAUGUUCGAACUGACUGAAUAAGCGAGGAACUCUGGCAAGUAAGGUUCUUUUCCCCUUUGCAUGGUAACAGUGGAUGGAUGACGACUAAUUUUUGCUUCAUCUUUUUAACUUGUGUUGUAACAAAAGCGUAUUAUUUAUGAUAAAUAGCAUAUAUAGAGGGGAAUACUGAAAGCAUAAUGACUGCAUUUAGCAGUUCUGUGGAAGUGAAUUUCCACGAAAUUUUUUGAGUCUUUGAAGAGUGUGUUCAUCUGUAUAAAAGGAUCAAAAUGAUUCAUUGAUUUUUUAUGAAGGAUCAAAUGGUCCCCAAUUAUAUUAAAUGGUCAUUUUGAUA